CUAUGUUUGGGAGAAGUACCUCGAACCAACGAAUCGAAGCCUGGUGGAGCUACCUGCGACGUCAAGGAAUACACUGGUGGAUAAAUAAACUGAAAGAUUUGCGAGAUACUGGCAAAUUUAAUGCACUUAAUCCGAUACAUAUAGAGUGUGUCCGUUUUUGCCUUAUGGAUGUUCUGCAAGCAGAACUAGACCGUAUUGCAAAACACUGGAAUUUACACAAUAUCCGACCUCAGAAAAGUGUAAACGAACUUCCUUCUGGUAAGCCAGAUAUAUUAUUUUACGUUCCAGAAUUAUUUGGUGGAUACGAAAUGGGGAAAAGUGUUGACGAUAUUGAACUAAAUCUUUGCCAAGAAAUGUAUGCUACCCCCAAACAAAAAGAGAGAGCAGAAUUCCAUGAACUGGCAUACCUUCUUAAGCCAAAUCUACAGAUCCCGUGUAAUGCAAAUGAUGGUUUAAAGUUAUAUGAAGAAUUGAUAUGCCUUUACGAUCAAGAAUGUGACUAGCAUAUGCGCAUGAACAGUAGCAUACUGAACAUAUACAUAUAUAUACGAAUGAUUGCAUAAAUGUCUUUUGAUAAUUUAAAAUAAAGUUGUGAUAUAUUCAAUAACUUGAGUAUUAAAUGGACACAAUGUUUUUGCUUAACAUUACUUCUAUACAGCCCCUUAAAUACUAUAAUUUUCACUUUAGUCUUUAUUUGCAUUAUAAAGGUUUGCUUUACUGACAAUUGAGAUAUAUAAGAAUACUCUUUUGUAUGGUACUUGUGUUAUUUAAUAUCUAAUUUACGAAGUAUUCUUUUGUAUUGUAAGUGUUUCUUUGUUCGACAACUACCAAAAAUGAACAAUUGUCUGUAGACACUGGAAUCUAUGUAACCCAAAUUCUACUAGCUAACAUAUUUACGGAAUUUAUCUCAAAAGAUAAUAUUGCAUCAUUUUCAUAAAUGUAUUUUUCACACACCCGUGCCGAUUUUGAGACUCCGUAAAAAU